CAUUCCCGGCGUCCGUUGCUUUUGCUUCCGCAUGUAGGCAGUCGACUGACGCACCGCACACACCGUCUGAACACUGCUGAGUGUGGAUUUUUUCCCCUGUGAUGUUUCACAAACCCAAAGGACCAGCUCAGACAGGCACUAGAAUCAGCAAACUUCCUUGAAUCGCUUGUUCAGCUCACAGGACUGACUGACAUGGCUGCAGACAUGCUGCUGAAAAGUGGAUUUCUUCUGCUGCUUGUUUUGCUUGCAUCAGCGUUUGAAACUGACCAAGAAGCUGCACAGCCAAGACGAGCCCGCUUCUCAGCCAACAGCCCUACUGACGUUGCCCGCUGCUUGAACGGCGCGCUUCAGGUGGGCUGUGCGACCUUCGCAUGUCUUGAGAAUUCUACCUGCGACACUGAUGGCAUGCAAGAAAUCUGCAACGCCUUCCUCCACACUGCUGCAAUCUUCAACACAGAGGGUAAGACCUUCGUGAAAGAGAGCAUCAGGUGCAUGGCUAAUGCCAUCACAGCUAAAGUUUUCCAGACCAUCAGACGCUGUUCCACCUUCCAGAAGAUGAUCGCUGAAGUGCAGGAAGAAUGCUACAAGAAGCUUGACCUCUGUGAAGUGGCCCGAACCAACCCUGAGGCCAUCGGGGAUGUGGUCCAGGUGCCCAGCACCUUUCCCAACAGGUACUACAGCACACUUCUGCAGAGCUUAUUGGAAUGCGACGAUGACACCGUGGAGGUGGUGCGUGCCGGGUUGGUGUCCAGAUUGGGACCUGACAUGGCCACCCUCUUCCAGAUGCUGCAGAACAAACCCUGCCCAUCCGAACCUGCCGCAGGCGGGCCUGUUGGGGUGGAGGGUCACGGUGCCUUCCGCUGGCCCCCCAUGUUCAAGAUCCAGCCCAACCUCCGCAACAGGGACCCCACUCACCUCUUCGCCAGGAAGCGCUCUGUCGAAGGAAGUUCUUAGGGUGCACGUUCAGUCACAACUACGUCGUGCGUACUGUAAUACUGACGCGUAUAAAUGGAAGAUGGUGUUUAGGGAUUAGUGCAUAAAAAUGAGUUUAGUUCACAAAAAUUGUUGAUUCCCAUUUAUUGGCGUGAAAAUAUCUUACUUCUAUUAUGAAAUGUUUGAUGCACAGAAUAUGAUGGAAAAAGGAUACCUGACACAUUAACCAACAGCUAGUGGCAGGAGAAACCUAUGUAUUAGUGUUCCUUGAGUAUAAUUGAUAUUUAUUUUUCCUACCAAAUGUAAUUUAUAUAGUUUACGAUUGUAUAGUUUUAUUGUUCCAAGAUUCUUCAUUCUUUAAGAGAGAGCGAGAGAGAGAGAGAAACUAGAUUUUUGUGGAGAGAUACGUUUCCUAUGCUGGUCCUAGGAAAUGUUAUAUAGAUUAGAGAGGGCAUACAUAGAAACUGCUGGUGUUGUGGUGGUGAUAUUGUAUUGCUGAAUGCACUCGGGUAGAAAUAAAGUUUU